UGCAGCCACUGUUGCAGGCACAGGGUAGACGAGAGGAAAAUCCUGAACAAAGUUUUGGGAAAAAGACGAGCUAAACUACUCUUAUUUUUAAAACCAUUAAAGUUUAAAUUACAUAACCUAGGUGUAGUAUGGCAACGAAACAUCCAAGAUUCCAAGUACGAUUACUUCAGGCAGGAUCAAAUUUGCUUGAAUUGAUAUUUGUAUAUUGUUUGCUGCAGAUGAUAUUAUUGGGUGUGGUGGUGUACAGCGAUGACAAUGAACAUGCUCACGGGUAUUUGCUUUGUCGUAAAUGUGGCUAUGAGCUGGCAGAAGCUGAAGACCUUAUAUCUGUUCCUAGUACUUUAGCCCACCGCCAGAGGAAUGACUCGAUGGGUGGUGGUGAACGUGCCUUGAUACAGCUUUUCAAAAAUCCUCAAGGUGCCUACUUUGAAGUGAUUACUCUAACCAAUGCUCAUGUGGAAAAAGCAAAUGAGAAAUAUGCAGCAGACAGUUGGUUCCCAGGCUUUGCAUGGAGCAUCGCCAGCUGCCCGAAAUGUGGGGUUCAUAUUGGAUGGGGCUUUGAUGCCAUCACAAACUCAGUACAAGAGAUGAAAAUCAAGCUGUCUUCAUUUGUUGGCCUGAUCAUGGACAAAGUGAUGCAUGAAGAUGAGGUCUACAAUUUAAUAGCUGUGCCAAAAGUCUACACGAGCUGACAAGACUGAGAGUCAUAAUGCUGUUCUCUCCCCUGUCACAAUAGGAUAAAUUCGAGACUGUUUCUCGUGUUUUUGUCUUUGAUGUUCAUCAAGAUGACUGAGAAUAUUGAGACCUUAAGCAGCUUUUUUGACUGUGGAUGUAAUGACCGUAUUGUAAUAUUUCUUUUGUCAUAAGGGGGAUUAUUUGUAAUUAGUGUGUUUAUUUUAAUGUUUUCAUUGCUUUUAUUGAUUAACUACUUCCUAUCGUUUUAACUGUGAUUUUAAAAAAAAA